GAAGGCCACCGCAGCGCUUUACAGCGCAACCUGAAGUUGAUGAUGAUGAUGAAUCACUUCAUCAAAUGUCCCCUCAAAAGCAGCCAAAACACUAGACUGGCGCCAAAUGUUUAUCAUGAUUGUUUGAUUCUAGUAAAUCCUUACCAACUACCGUCAAAAAUUAGAUCUGUAUCCUGCUUCGAAGCACGCUAUAAUUACUUAUUUACUUGCACUAUUCAUCUAGGCACUCGACACGCAGAAGUACGAUAAUACGCCAACGGCGGUCUGUACUUAACUGGAAGAAGAAUUUCUCUUUAAAUGGCCUGCCCACCAGCGCCACUGGCAUAUCGAGAGAGGUAGAGUAAUCGACCAGAACCAUCAUCAUCAUCAUCAUGUUGCAGCUUCUGCUUCUCAGCCUGAGCUCCCUGGUGCUCGCGGCCAACGCCCAGUGCUCCACCCUAGGCAACACCUGGGAGGAAAUCCCUAAUGCUGAAGGCUUCUGCUACCAGUAUUACGGUACUCCGGCAACCUGGGCCGAAGCGAAUACAAAGUGCCAGAGUUUUGCUGGAGGCGACCUGACUUCCUUAGACAAUGAAGCCGAAGCGAAUGCGAUCUAUGAGUAUUGGAAGACCGUGGGAACAAACAGCAAUUCGGGCUACUGGAUUGGUCUAACUGAUCUUCACAAACCAAUGAGGAGACCGCUAUGGACAGACUGGACGAGAAUUCGGUAUACAAACUGGCAAGCUGCUCAACCUUCCUCGGACACAAACGACAAUUGCGCUUACGUUGCUAAUGAGGGCGCUGAAGGCUCUGAGCGAAAGAAGUGGAAAGCGACCUCUUGCGAUGACGCUCGCAAACCUUACUUUUGUGAGAGGAAGCUUCAAAUCUAAUAAUUAGUUACAUUCAUCUCGGUACAUAAUUAUAACCCACACGAGAAUAGGAAAUUGCCUAGUCACAUUAAGAAUUUUUGUUGGUCUUUAUUAAUCAUUUUUUCAUGCGUAUGAAAUGAAUUGCACUCUUUUCUUAGAAACACACUGACUCUAAAUGGUUGGAUGAUUUAAAGAAUAUAUGCUGGUAAACUUGUUACAGAAAACGAUUGGCUAGUACGCAGAUUCCUUAGUAAAAUAGAUAUUCCGUUAAGCUUCAUAGACACUCCCAAAGUGUCAAUAUCUAUCAUUAUAUAGAUACAUGGAUGUCCUGGGCCUUAACAAAAAUCCCUACACAAGUCAUGGUUUAUAACAAAAAAAUAUUUGUUUUUAUUUGUGACAUUUAUACAAGAGUAGCCGAUUGUCACGAAUAGUAGUGGUAUUCAAUGAGGCCCUGUUUGGUAACAAGAAAAUGCAAAAACAAUCAUGAAAUAAAAAUCGGUUGUGAACGCUCAAAACAUACAUCUAAGUUAAUUUUGGUAGAGCAUUCAUUUUCCACUUCAUUUUCCACUUUCUUUCUUUGCUGAGUAUAGAUGCGGUUGGUCAGCAUAAUUUGUUUCCGCCCAUAUAUUUAACUCGAAAGUUUAGAUUUCUCAGAAUCUCACUUAACCAAUUACAUAUAUAUUUAUUUAUUUGUAGUUUGAUAUUAAUAGGGUAGCAUUGUCAGUUACAAAAUUGAUUUCUAUAUUUAACCUGUUGGCCAGGACAAAAAUAUGAUCUGUUUCAUUUGAAGCAAAAUUGCUAAAAAGUACAUGUACCAAGUUAUGACUUAAGGCAAAAUAAGAAGAAUCUAACAUCGUACUGAUUAGUAUUUAAAGGACUUGCAUUUUCUUCUCAGUUGUUUUCUUUUUCAUCAAUGAUUCUUCCAUAAACGGCUUUAUGAUUUCAUGUGGCAAAACUCUGCGUUAGUAUCGUAUUAUAAAUCAGUGUUUAAGCGAAUUGAGCUUAUUAAACUAUCAUAAUUUUAUCGAGACUGAUUGCUCAGCAGAUGUUUCUUUUUCGUAUUCAUUGAUAACUUGUGUCUUCUUUUAAUUCGAUUGACGGAAUUAUGUAUUGAUUGUCUGUCGGAAUUAGUUAACUGGUUCUUGGACUGAUUGUGAAUUUAACUAAUUGUUUGAUCAAUUGAUUGAUUGAUUGUUUGAUUGAUUGAUAUCUUGGUUGGUUGGUCUCAUUGAUAAACUAACCAAUUUAUAAAUUGCUCACCUGACGGUUGGGUUAAUAAUUUCCAAAGCUCUUUGGAAACGCAUAAAGACUUUUUAUAAUGUGAAAUGCGCUAUACAAGAACCGAAUAUUAUAGUUAAUUAUUUGAUGA